AGCCUACGGGGGUGGGGAAGAGUCGUCAUUCCCUGGAACCAGCGGACUUCCUCUCUCCGAUCGUCUGGGUCAUCCCGUCUGCCCGCCGCUGGCCCCAUCUCUCUCCCUCUGCAGCUGUCCCUCUCGCGCCCGCUGCCUCUCUUCUUCCCCGCAGUCGCCUCCUUCUCCGCCUGCCUGGGUGGCCGCCAUGGGCCGGAAGCGGCUCAUCACUGACUCCUACCCCGUAGUGAAGAGGGGGGAGGGCCCCGCCGGGCACAGCAAGGGGGAGCUGGCACCAGAGCUAGAGGAGGAGCCCCAAGCCCCGGACGUGGACGAAGCGGAGCUGGAGCUGCUGAGGCAGUUUGACCUGGCCUGGCAAUAUGGUCCUUGCACAGGGAUCACACGGCUUCAGCGCUGGCAUCGGGCACAACAGAUGGGCCUGGACCCUCCUCCAGAGCCUCUGGCAUCACUACCCACUUUGAGGUGCCACCUGGGACCUCCUGCCUUUAGCGGGCCUGCAAGCCACCCAAGAGCCUCAGGAUACAUGGGAGAGCCAGCUACUCUGCCGUGGAGGAACAUCUGGCAGGAAGGAGUCUCUCAGGGAAGGGAACAGGCUGAAUCUGGAGGUGUCCAUGGCUCAGUCUCUCCACCUAAACAGCAGUCUCCAGGAGGCCAUCUUGGAGCCCACGCAGCUGAAGCUGAAGGUUCUCCUGGACAGAGAAUGGUCUUCAAGGGCAAGGACCUGGCCGUGACCCUACUGCCACAUCCCUCCCUGACCUAAACACUGGGGUUCCUGGGGACCAGCUGGCAAGUCAGGCACAGCCUUGGCAGAACAAGACUCAGGCAGAUGAUCCAGGAGGCACAGCUGUACUCCUCACCUAAGGCUGGGACUCUAGGGCAGAGGAUGGCUGAGCUCACGGGGCAAGGGGUUCACAAAUACUUAUCAAUAAAGAGCACUGAGCCUGGAA